CCUCGAGAGGAUGUGACUUAAUGACGUCAAGAGAGGGCGCUAUACCUGCCGAACAUGUGACGUCGAUAUGACUGGGUACCCAUCUUUCUGACUCACUCUUACGAAGCUUAUGAUGGAAGAUCCAUCUGUGUGUCAGUAAUAGUGCAAGGGCAAGGACGAUAUCGCAAUAACAAAGUCCAUCCAGGCUAGUGCCUGUAGAGCUGAAAACGACCUGGAUCAACAUGGGAUAUACGAAAAAGCACCGUGGAAUACGUUUCUCCAUGGAUUCCCCCACUGUGAGCCCAGCAGGCUGCAGCUCUGCAGAUGAAGGAAUGAUCAUAGACAGUGACAAUGAGAACGAUGUACCAGAAACAGGACCAUCGGAUUACAAAGUACUCAAAGAUGUUGUGGCGUAUGUUGAAGUCCGCACCAAAAUGGAGAAUCGGUCCAACAGUGUGUGCAAACAGCUGGAGCGUCUGGGUGCUGUGGUAGUGAAGAAGUUUACCAAUGACGAGCCGGUCACUCACGUCGUCUGGAAGGACGGUAAGAAAAGCACCAAGGAUAAGGCCAUCAAACGAGGGAUCCAUCUGGUGUCAGUACUCUGGGUGGAUAGUUGUAAGCAAAACCAGCGGCGUGCUGAAGAAUCUUUAUUCCCUGUUACCGACUGUAAUGAGGAUACAGCAAUUGUUAUCCCAAGGGUAAAACGCAUGAAAUCCAUGCAGCCCAAGUCUUUUGAGGAGGACCUUGAGAGCAGCACAGAGCGAAUGGUGAGGAAACGAAAGAAGAAAGAGACGGUCCAGCCUUCAAGACUCUACCUCAACUCACCUGUUGCAGUAAUGAACCCUUUAGUCUAUGCUGCAGAAACACAGGAUCCAUUCACUCCAGUCGGAACGCCUGUUCCUGGUCAGGGCGGUACGCCAUCUCUUAUCCCUGAUACACCGGCCAGUAUGAGAGCUUGUCUAGAUGCACUCAGUAGAGUCAGGAAUAGCGCCAACACGCCAACAUCAGGAUCAGAGAAACCGGUGAUCGGGGAAUCGCCAACCUUCGGCGGUAAGCCCGACGUUCCUCAGAAGAAACUGAGCUUCAGUCCGUCCAUUGAUGCCAACUCCCCAGCAGAUGGUACCAAGAACAGGAAGACGGAUCCCAAGAAUAAGCCUAAGAAAGGACGUCGAUCAGAAGGUCAGGGGUCGGCCAAGAAGGAUUCCUCCAAGGUCCGUCGGCUAUCGUUGAGGAUUGAAAAAACUAUAAGCGAACAAGAAACGGACGAAGAUCCUAUUCAACCCAACAAAACUGGAAACCUUCCUGAAAUUCCCCAAAACGGUCCGACGCAGAAACUCGUCUUCCCCGAUGUGCAGAAAAUCUGCACGGACUCUAACAAGCAUUCGGGAGGCAAAUUUAAAACCAAAACGGACAAAGCAGUUUUAUUUUGCGAAACAAACUUGCAUUCUCGCGCCGUCGAGCCGCGAGUGGCCCAACCAAGAAAACGGAAGCUUCUGUCGACAAACACGGACGUCAUCCCAAAUCUGGUCCUCACGGAGCCGAAGAAAUCAAGCAAGAAAGACGUGCUACCAAAAAAGGCCCGACUCUCUGGAAAAUCGUCCAGAAAUCUCAGCGAUAGAUUUGAGAAAGCCCAAGACAUCACACACCAAGGUAGCAACAGUAGGGAUGAAGGACUUUUGAAGGACCUUAAGUCGACAGAGUUUUGUGGUAAAAGUGACGGGAAAUCUCCCGGUGGAGGGAAAAGCACGAGGAAAAGGAAAAAGGAAGUUUUGUCAUCAGAAUCAUCUGGAGAAGAGACGACUCAGCCAGUAAAGAAGAGAAAAGAGAACAACGAUAAAACUCCGCCAUCGGUUACGACAACUCAACAUAAGAGAGGAAGCAACACACCGAAUAGCCGCAGAAGUCUGGACGACUUUGCCCAAAAUAAACGUCUGAAACAGCUCAAGGCGAAACAACGGAAGCCGCCCAAGAACAGGUCUGCGUCUUUGUCGACUCUAAAUCCGGUCUCCGAAGAAAAAGUUGAAAAUCCGGUCUCCGAAGAAAAAGUUGAAAAUGGCAUCGCUGAAAAACCCAAACUUGUCAACAACAAAAAAAGUGCGAGGCCGCAGUCACUGACUGGUGAUUCUACCACGGGAGGGGGCAAAAUCCGCAAUGAAAAUCACUCCAACGGAAAGCCCCGUAAAACAUCCAGAACUAACUCUGCCAUGCCGGAUGAUGAUUCGGAUGGCUCUGCAUCAAAUUCUGAGACUGACAAGACUUCCCAAAAAGACAAAGCCAUCAAGGUGACAAAAUCCACUAAGAAACUCAAGAGUGUUAAACCAUCCAUUGUUAUGACAAGCGUCCAUGCUGGAGAUCAAGACCUAGUCACAUCCGUCAUCAAGAAGCUGAAACGUUUCACGAUGGAAGACAAUGUCUCCCAUACAACCACACACAUCGUCUGCGGUGAGAGUCGCCGAACCUUGAACCUGCUCCGCGGUAUCGCCAGAGGAUGCUGGCUGCUCUCUGUAGAGUGGGUCUUGAAGUCGUUGGAGGCUGAAAAGUGGCUGCCCGAGGAACCCUAUGAAAUCCAGGAUGCCUUCCCAGCAGCAAAGAUAGCGAGACAGGAGCGUUGUAAGUCAGGCAGCUCCUUCAAGCGAGAUCUCUUCUCAUCCCUGGGCCCUAUCUACGUCAGUGAGACGAGCAGCCCGCCUAAAGCCCAUCUGGUCGAACUGAUCGAACUCUGCAGCGGCAUAACGUGCGGCUAUGCCAGCCAAGCUAGUCUGUGCAUCGGCGGAGGCAGGAACCAGACUGGAACACCAGCGGUUUUGGAGAAAUGGCUGCUGGACUGUAUUUCUCAACACCAGACACUCCCCCUCGACAAUUACUUGCUGUGAUGGACUUCAAUUUUAUCUUUACAUCCACACUUUUGUAAUCGAAGAACAUCAUCUAAACAGAUUAAUGAGUUACUUACAACAAAGAAGAAGAAACAGAAACGGAACAUUAUUUAUCGGAGGUUAUGCUAACCCAUUAGCAACUGUACUGCAUUGUAUUACAUUGUGUUUAUUCACUGAAGAAUCGAUAAAAUUGACCAUAGAUUGCUCGGACGAUUUUGGGCACUACAUGCAUGGUGGUUUGGUGCGUUAGCGUAAAGGGUCAAUGAAUUAUUUUAUAUUUGAAGCAACGAUUGAGAUUUGAUCCAUGAAGUUUGAUGCAUUUGAGGUGUUAUACUUAAGGAACUUAAGUUGAUGGAUCACAAGUCAGUCACAAGUCAGUCACAAGUCAGUCACAAGU